UGAACAACGACUAGGCUCUUCACUUUACCAAUUUCCUUGGGAUCAAUCAAGGGUCAGUGAGCAGAUAGAUGGGCAUGGCUCACGUCCUCAGCCUCCUCGUCGUCAUCCUCGUCGCAAUCCCCUCUUCUCGCUCGCACGCCUUGCCGUCCUCCUCAUCCCCCUUCGACGCCGCGCUCGCCACGCUCCAGAACCAGAUCGCCUACCGCUUCCAUGCCCCGGACCUCCUGCGCCGCGCCAUGACGCACGCCUCCUACUCCCGCGAGAACGGACGCGCGCUCGCCGUCCUCGGCCUCGCCGCCUCGCAGUCCGCCGCCGCGCUCCGCGCCCUCGCGGCCGACCACGACGCCUCCGCCUCCGCCGUCUCCCGCCGCGCCCGCGACGCGUCCGGGGAGGCCGCCUGCGUCGCGGCCGCGGCCCGCGUCGGCAUCCCCUCGAUCGUGCGCGUCGCCGCCGGGACCAAACCGACCGCCCCACCCGUCGUUUGCGGCGCCCUCCGCGCCCUCAUCGGCGCCGUCGCCGUCGACGCCAACAGCACCCACGCCGCCGAGGAGGUCUUCUGGAAGCUGCACGUGCUCACCGCCGCAUCAGCCAAAGCCGCAAUGUGAUUCACAAAUCAGACUGAUCGUUAAUUUAAAUUAGUGCUAAUGCUGCUGCCUGCUGCAAUAUCAUCACACUAGAUCGUUAAAUGUACUCCUACUACUUAGUACUAUCAACUAGUAGUAUGAACUGUAUCAGUUGCUUCUAAUUUCCAGUUUGAACUGGAGUAUAUUAGAUUAUGUAAGUUGGUAUUAUGCAUCCUAAUAUCCAGUCCACGAAUGUGCAUCUGCUUACAUA